CCCAUCUCAUUCAAAGGUCUCCUCAAAUAUAAUGUCACCGUCCACACCUAUCACAACCACACUUUUACCUGGAGCUUCAAUCCCUGUAGCUAUACUUUCUUGGUGGAGGAAGGGUCUUUCAAUUUCUCCACGGCAGAUCUUAUAGAUCUACAAAAGAUAGAUAAGGUAUCAACGGUGCUGGAUUGGGCAGUUGGGAAUCAAACAUGCGAAGAAGCUCAAAAGAACUCGACAAGUUACGCAUGUAAGGAGAAUAGCAAUUGUACUAAGUCGGAUAAUGGUCCUGGGUAUCGCUGCUAUUGCUCUGUUGGCUACCGAGGGCCCCAAUGGCUGCUAUGAUGUUGACGAGUGUGAAGAUCCAAAACUCAACGACUGCACCGACCGCUGUACUAACACUAUAGGAGGUUACAAUUGCUCUUGCCCAUGGGGUCACCAUGGGCAUGGGAGAGGCAAAGAUGGUUGCACCGCGGAUCAAUUGCUAUUCAUUAAGAUUACUAUUGGUGUAGGCGUCGGUCUUAUAGUAUUGUUGACAAGUAGCUCAUGGUUGUACUGGAUACUCAAGAAAAGGAAGUUUCUCAAAGUCAAAGAAAAGUAUUUUCGACAAAAUGGUGGUUUGAUUUUAGAACAACAACUUUCUAAACGAGAAGGAUCCAACGAAAGAAGCAAGAUUUUUACAGCAGAAGAGCUUGAAAAAGCCACCAACAAAUAUAAUGAAAGCAAAAUCAUUGGUCGAGGAGGAUUCGGUAUUGUUUACAAAGGAAUUUUAAGUGACGGUAGAGUGGUUGCUAUCAAGAAGUCAAAGAUGGUGGAUCAAAGCCAAGUUGGGCAAUUCAUAAAUGAGGUAGUUGUUCUAUCCCAAAUCAAUCAUAGAAACAUAGUCAAGCUCCUAGGUUGUUGCUUGGAGACAGAAGUUCCUUUACUUGUUUAUGAAUUUGUUACAAAUGGCACAUUGUUUGACUACAUACACAAAGAAAACAAAGUGUCUCCCAUUUCAUGGGAAACACGUAUAAGAAUUGCUGCAGAAACUGCUGGAGUGUUAUCAUAUUUACAUUCAGCAGCAUCUCCACCAAUUAUCCAUAGGGAUAUUAAAUCUAAUAAUAUUCUUUUGGACGACAAUUAUAGCAAAGUGUCCGAUUUUGGAACUUCAAGAUUAGUUCCACAAGAUCAAAUGCAGUUAUCUACCAUGGUACAAGGAACUUUGGGGUACUUGGAUCCUGAGUAUUUACUGACAAGUCAAUUGACUGAGAAAAGUGAUGUUUAUAGUUUUGGAGUCGUCCUUGUGGAGCUAUUAACAGGAAUGAAGGCACUUUCUUUUGACAAAUCUGAGGAAGAGAGAAGUCUAGCUAUGUAUUUUCUUUCUUCUUUGAAAGAAAAUCGUUUAUUUCAACUUCUUGAGGACAAUAUAUCGCACGAGGUAAAUGGUGAAGAACUCAAUGAAGUUGCUUUGCUUGCAAAGAGAUGUUUGGAAUUAAAAGGUGAAGAUAGACCUACUAUGAAGGAAGUAGCAAUGGAACUUGAAGGUAUGAGAAAAAUGAAAAUGCAUCCAUGGAUUGGUGAAUUGAAUUCAGAAGAGACGAUUCACUUACUUGAUGAAUCCUCGAAUACUCAUCAAUAUGAUACUAAUGGUAAUGUCACGACUGUGUAUGAUAGCAUUAGGGAUCAUAUAACAUUACCAUUACAUAAUGCUAGAUAAGAUAUUUAUGUGUGAUGAUAUUAUCUUUUAACAUGUUAUGCCCUCACUCUAUCUCAAUGUUUCAAGAUACUACUAGAAAUAAAUGAUCAUCUCUCUCUUUCGCUUUCCA